AUGGGGAAGCUGCACCAGACACAAACCACUUUGGCUUGUUUGUCUGAUGGCAUACGGCUAGCACUAUUGACACCUAUAAUACAAGAAGCAUUGCAAACACGUUGCGACUUUACCCAGAAGCUCCCCAUGAGUUGGCGUUGGGAGGUUGAGUGGAGUCUGGAAGAAAUUGAUGCAAUGGUCUACGACUGGAGUCGAGUACUCCGACAUAGUAGUGAAAGUUUGACCAGUCUUGCCUGUUCCUUCGGGAAUAUGCUCACCGGCAUGCUAUACGUAUGGCCGUCAUACACGCUACAUCACUAUGCAUCUAAGCAUACCACAAUACUGUCUUCCCCUAUGACUGAUUUGGAGACCUCGCUGGUAGGCAGCCUGCCUUCUUUGGGAGCUAUGUGUGGAACUGCAGUCAUUGGAACCAUUUUGAGCAUUUUUGGAAGGCAGAAAGGCGGUCUCAUAAUUGUUUUACCAUUGAUGAUGUCCUGGUUAAUGAUAGAUUUGACAACUUCUUCAUUAGUUAUCUUAAUAGCGAGAUUUAUCGGAGGUUUAUCCGCUGGUGCCUUUUUAGUUCACUGUCCAAUAUUCGUGUCUGAAGUCGCUGAAGAAUCUAUAAGAGGAACCUUGGCUUCUGCACCCAUGACUUGCUACUGUUUGGGAACACUCGUGUCUUAUCUUCUGGGCUGGUUUUUAACGCAUCGGUACAUUAUAUGGGCCAAUAUCGCUUCAUGCCUAAUCUACAUGGCCUUGAUGAUAACUGUCACUGAGAGCCCUUUAUUCCUCAUGAGGCAGAACAGAGAAGAGGACGCUAGAAAGGCUAUUUCUCACUACAGAGGUGCAUACAUCUCUUCCAAGAUUGUUUUAGAAGAAUUUUCGAGACUGAAGCAACUUAUAACGCCUGCUGUGGAACUAAGAGCAGUUGGAUCUGGUGAGACAUCUAAGGCCGAAGAAGCUGAAAAAGAAAAACUGAACACUGAAAAUGAAGAUAUUGAAGAGAAAUUCAAAAUGUCAUCAUUUAAAAUGUUAUAUGUGUCUCUUUCAUCUCGUCGUGCCUUCACUAUUGUUGGCUUGACAUUGUCUUUUCAAGUGCUGAUGGGUAUGGUUGCGGUACAGGUGUACGCCAAGGAUAUUUUCGCAAAAGCUGUUCCCAGUCUAUCAUCCCACAUGUGUUCAGUAAUGUUCGCAAUGGUACUUCUCUCCGGAGGUAUUCUAAGUACCAUAUUCUCAGAUAAAUUUGGAAGGAAGAUUCUCAUUGUAAGUUCAUCAGUAGCGGUAACAUUGUGUCUGUCAGGCAUGGGUGUACUCACGCAGACGAGUAUACUCCCAGCGUGGGUGACAGCAGUGUUCAUACUAUUGUACUGUUUAACCUUCAUGUUUGGUGCUGGCAGUGUACCAUAUAUAUUGGUGACCGAGUGUUUUGUACCUGAGGUCCAGAGUCUCGCGUCAAUGAUUCUCAUGGAAUGGGUGUGGCUCCUCAACUUCUUCAUUGUGGGCGUAUUCCCAUUCAUGAUCAAAUAUUUUGGCGUCCACGGCAGCUUCUACUGCUUCGCCUUCUUUGGCAUCGCCAAUACAAUAAUCGGUCUCUUCUUUGUACCCGAAACCAAGGGAUUAACUAAUGAACAAAUUCAAGAAUUAUUUUUGAGAAGACGUAAAUGA